AUGACCCAGUGGUCAGAGUUGUAUGAAAGCUGGAGUGAAGAAGAGGACGUUGAUAUGAACUGCGGACUCCUACAGGUGAUGGCCGAGGAGGAUGAAGAGAAAAACCUCUACAACGAUGAAACUUUUGGGAUGGAUUUAGAUGGAGAGAACCCAGGAGAAGAUCCUAGUAACGGUUUCCUACAGCCUCUGCUGCCAGCACCAACCCCACCACCUCCACCCUCCCCUCAAAAAUGGAGGACCCGGGCCCUGACCAACGGCCCUUUGGGGCAGAGAGGCAAGGUCCAGUGGGCUGGGAAGGGCAGGGCUCGCAUGUUUGAGGACCCGGCUGUGAUGAGCAUUGUAGAAGGGAAAAUUAGCCUGAAGAGCCUUGACACUGCAAUAGUGGAUUGUGGGUCUGCUGUGUCUGGGGAUGUCUUUGAUUCAGAUGCUCAUAACACAAUAGUGUGUGUGAUUGAUGGUAACGGGGGCAGACGUCAUCGUAUGCCCUCCAACUUCCUGGACUCAAUGCAUCCUUGGUCCUCUCUCAGAGGGAGAGGGGACCCCAGGAGACCCUACUCAAAUAGACCCUUUGGUCAAAGAAGCCUAACUCAGGUCUUUCCUAUGAUGAAUACAACACCAGGGUCACCGUGCAUCUCACAGCAACCUUUAUCCCCACAACCAGUCAAUAAUCAGCCUCUCACCCCCAAGAUGAUGCAGCUCCGCUUCGGCGCACACUCGCCAAGACCCUCAUCUUUCUACAGCCCCUUGUCCAAUUCAGUUCAGCAUUUCAGGUACCCUGGUCCGGUCACUCAGCUCCACCCUGAACACAGGCGACGAUUUCUCAACCAGAAACAAGAGACGAGGCACAGGAAAUCCAAGAGUUGGGAUCCAUAUUGUAAUCUGAUGAGUGUCAAAGAUAAGGAAUGGAUCACCAGGUUACAGAUGAUACAACUUCAAUGUGAGAACCCCUACCUAGAAGACUACUAUUACCAGGAGUUCUACCGGCGAAUGGAAACCAAGAUGGCAGAAGAAGAACUGGGCAUCAGAAACAAAAAGGAGCCGCUCAAACUCACCACACCAUACAUCUCAAAAACGGGCCCCUAUACACCAGUGGUGCACAUCGAGGGCUCGUUGGGUCAGGUUGCUGUGUCAACCUGCAACUCCCCUCGUCGUGCCAUCAGUGCUGUUCAUGCGGCUUCAGUUCAAAGUCAACAAGAGGAACACAAAGACAACAGCCGCCAACGAUUGGAGGUCCUGAAAAAAAUCGAAGAGAUGUUCCUAGUACUUCUGGAGGUAGAAGAGGCAGACAGGAUGAAUACCACGGUGGUGGCUGAAACCACAGAACAAAGACUGACAGAAAAUCCCCGAAGGAAGGUGGAGCAAAUCUUCACCCAGCUGCAGCACCAUGACGCCCUGGAGACGGGUGUCGAGUUUCUGUCUUGUUUGCUGAUCCCCAAAGGCAAGAAGCUUCUUGCCCGACUUCUCCCAUUCUUGGACCAUGAUUCUGCACUGGAAAUCCUGUAUGUGGUCAGCGCUCAGCUACCUACCCUGAUGAGCAGAGACAUGGAUGAGUCUCUCCCGGUGCUCUACACCCCUCUGCAAACUGUAAUUGGAGUCCUGACCUUCAGUCAGCUCACCAAGGUCCUCAGAGACUUGACGAUGUCAUCAGAGUCUGUGGCGACCUACGAGUGUCUUGCGUUGGUUUGUCAGAACAAGUUUGGCCUGUCGUUACUCUACACCCUUCUUUCCCAAGGAGAGACGCUGCUGUCCUCAGGUGUCCCUCUGGAGCCCAGCAUUGGAGACUUUGAAACAUGGACAGACAUGAUCUUCCAGGUUGCGGGUCAGCUGUCCCAGUGUUCCCUGGUGGAGCCCCUCCUCCUCCCAUCCAACCUCCUGACCCUGUUCUGCCGCUACGUGGACAAGUGCACCAUCCAUCAACUGAAGAACAACAUGGAAUCUGCUACAGGUUUCCUGGCUCUUCCAUCAUAG